AUGGAGGAUACAAAAAAAAAUCCACAAAAACUUGAAGAUAAUUAUCGGUGGAAUGAUGAAGAGGGCUCUUUUAAAAAGGGACGAACGGAAAAUGGAAGGAUUAGAGGGGACGAGGUCAACAAGAUCGCAGAGAGAAGGACCGAGGUAACUACCAAGCUUAACAGAGAGGCGAAGAAGGCAGGUGCGUGGAAUCACUUUUUUCGAAAUGGUCAAGGUAAAAACGAAAGAAAUAGAAUG